AUGCAGACCCUUGACGAGUUCCUGCAGCCCGAGGCGCUUGUGACGCUGGACGAGUUCUUGCAGUGUGAUGCUGAGCCUCCAACGCUGGACGAGUUCCUGCACGACGACGGUGGCAGCCGGGAGCUUCUUCGCAAGAAGGGAGCUUCGGCCAAGCGUGACGCAGUCGAGGUGUACCUCUACAUGUACGAUAUCUCGGAUGGACUUGCUGGCAGAUGGACUCGCUUUAAGGGCAUCUGGCACACGGGGGUCGUGGUGCGCUGGCCCACCAAGUUUCCGAGCGAGGGAACACAGUACUGGCAAGGAAAGGAGAUCUACGUGUCUUGGGCCGAGUUUGCGGGCUACACGAACCCGGCCGAGAAGAGGUUUCUCGGUUACACUUCCCGGUCCUGCGCCGGCACGCUGGACUUCGUGAACAGGCAGCGGAGGAAGUCAAUGCACUACCAUCUGCUGUACCACAACUGCAACCACUUCUCCGAUGCGCUUGCGAUGUUCCUGUUGAACAAGCACAUCCCGAAGGAUGUCUUGGGUCAGCCGCAGGAGGCGCUACGCUCGUAUCCAUUGUUGACACGGCUACUGCUAUGUGCUCAAGCCUGCUGCGAGACAUGGCUUCCGCCUGACUCGGUGCCGCAAAAUGCUGGGCCGGGAGCUCUGCCUAACGCACGUCAUCGAGCCUGA